AUGACUGUUAAGGCGAUAAGACAAAUAGCAAAGGGCCAGAAUGGCCUCGGCGCAUUUAUCCUCCAGUGCAAGAAGUUGGACUUCUACUACUGUGACUGGGCCGGUAGCUCCAAGGGUAUGAAUGGCUUCAUCAAGUCUCUUCUCCCCAAGUUCGCCGCCGCCAACCCUCAAGUCGAAUUCUCCAUCUCCCCUCGACCCGGAAAGCACCCCGUCGUUGUCGGUCACUACAUCAACGGUCGAACUAAGCCUAUCUGCGUACGAAACCUAUCACCAUACGAAAUCCUUCAGAAGGCCGAGUUAUUGCGUGAUGCUAGCGGAGAGAAGCUGAAACGUUACAACAAAGCCGUCAACAGCGCUCAACCAAGUGUGCGUGGCGUCUGGUCCCCAUACCACGGCAAGGGAAUGGUUGUUUAA